AUGAAAUGUGAUAACAUCACUGCAGCUGUUAGGGGCAUGUCACCAGAACAAAAACAAGCAAUCUUAAGAACGGGUUUUGGGUCAAUUUUGCAAGUGAAUAUAACAAGUUAUCUGAGGCACCUAAGCUACUAUCUUUUAGAUGUGUAUGAUUCUGAUAGUAGAAGACUUGUCCAACAAUACUCUGUUAUUGAGAUCACAGAACAAACAAUCCAUGAUAUGAUGGGGUUGCCAAUUAGCGGAGAAGACAUCAAUGAGUUGCCAUUGUGUGAUAAGGGGAAUCAAAUUUUGGAAGAAUGGAGGGGACAAUAUCCUUGUGAUAAGUUCAACGGUGAGGAGUAUUUAAGAAGAAUUCAGUCUACAUCAAAAGAUAAUUUGAUUUUUAGCCUGAUUUUUUUGAAUCUUUUCGUGUACGUUGCUGUUUUAGAGCAUAAUUAUGGGUUAAUUCUAAACGAAAAAAGUACUAUGGAGGUUGCAUUGAAGGAUGGUUUGGAAAAGUUCCCUAAUAGUGUGGUGUUGAACGAGUGGAUGGAAAAUAUGAAUGAGCUUUUUAGGGAAGUGCAUGAAGGGGAAAACAAUAAAAAAGUUGUCACACCCCAAAACCAAUAA